AUGACAACCACAGAAGUAACCAAGCUCCUCCCUGACCAGAACGAGUUCCUUGAACUGCGCCCAGGACUCUUCCGCUGCACAUUUGUCCUCACCUUCGGACCCGUCGGCCUCCCCAUCGCCACCUUCCUCAUCCGCGGCAAUCCUAUCCCUGCCACAGACGACAAGGCCCAUGAAUGGAUCAUGAUCGAUGCCGGUGCACCCCCACACGCCGCUCAGAUCCUCACCGCCGUCGAACGCGUCCUCUCCCACCCACAGGACACCCUCAAAUACCUUUGUAUCACUCACGCUCACUUGGACCACACUGGCACAACCCCCCUCCUCCUUGAGCGGUACCCUGCCUGCAAAGUCAUUGCUCACCCUGAAGAGAGACCUUUCCUGUGUGAAGGGAAGGGGUACAAAAGCUGCGCGGGCGAUACGUGGGUGUUUAACGUGAUGAAGCAUUUGGCGUUGGCGAGCAAAGUCCAGAUCCCGGUGGAGAGGAUGCUUUGGGUUAGGGAGGGAGAGGAAUGGGAGUAUGGCGGGUUGGUGAAGGUGAUUGAGACCCAUGGACAUACUCCUGGCUCGAUCUCAUUCAUCCACAUCCCCUCGCGCUCAAUAAUGAUCGGAGACGCAUCCAAGAACCACGCCUUCCUCUCCAAACAGCCUGGUCUCUCUUACCCCCUUUCCACAGGCACCUGUCAAAUGGGAACUGCCAUCAAAUCCAUGGACAAGAUUAUUUCUUUGAAGGAUCAGGUUGAUACCAUUUUCCCGGCUCAUGAUUAUAACCACGAGGGGGUUACUGUUGAGGAGAUGGAGGUCUUCAGGGCCUCUAACCCGCGUUCCUAA